AUGUAUUGGCCGACCUGGUUGACCUGGUACAAGAAGCCAGAGUACCGUAACAUUAAAGAGUAUUCCGACGCCAUCAGGUCUGGAAAACGGGAUUACAGCCCAGAUAGAAGCGGCUGCGUGAUACCGAACCAGCUCAGACUCGACAGAGUGCUUGGCAACAAGACAUGUAGCCCCAUGUCCCUGUUUGACUUUUACAUGUACCUGAAGCACAUAGAGUUCUCCGAAGAGAACCUCGAGUUUUACAUGUGUGCGCAGGGAAUGAGGGACUGCCUUGGAAUCUCUGACAAUGCAUCAUCAAAUGCCAGCACGCUUCACAUGCCCACCCCUACCGAGCCAAAACAUGUCGACGUCAGCGCUGGUGCAGUCGAACGUGUUCUUUCCCAGAUUAGACAACUCCUUGGUGCCAGCGCAACCUGCACAAGCGGCACCAAGUGCAAGCUCACCUGCGUCGAUGACGGCGAGUCUUGUGAGGCCGGCGACGACAAGCCGCCCGAGCACAGCAACUCCGACGACGCAUACCGGGACCAAGUCCUCGCCAUCGCCCGCACAUUUCUCCUUCCCGGGUCGCCCAAGGAGCUCAAUAUCCCCUGCCAUAUGCGCUCCCAAGUCCUCGCCGACAUCCAAACGUCCUCUCACCCGUCCCACCUUGAAUCCGUUGCCGACCACGUUUACCAGCUGCUUCAGCACUGCUCGCACCGAAACUUUGUCCGCCUCGGCAUAGCCAACGGCACCUUCGAGACCGUCUGCGUUGCCACCGGCCUGGGUAUAGUCUUGAUCGUGGCGGGCUUGUUGACGGUCCUUCUGCUUGCCUUCACCCCCUUCCGCCGCGCCCACUCGCCGUGGACCGUCUUUGCCGCCUGGCCCAUGCUAUGGCUUGGCAUGAGCCUCGUCUUGUCCGGCUUGCGCGGCAGCUGUUUCUUUCUCCUGCUCUUCUCGCGCCGCCAGCCGCUGCCGUGGGAGCGCUUCGCCGACGAGGAAUCGGGCCGGCUGCGGCGGACAGCGCCCCUUGGGUUCCUGUCCCGCCUCAUGAUUUUCGAUAACAAGGUCCGUGUCAAGGAUCUUCACUUGCGUCGCCUGCAGCACAAAAUCGUCAUCCAAAGCCUGGUGGGCGGCGCGACUUUUGCGAGCUUGGGCGUGCUAUUAUUCAUCUUCUUGCCUGUCUGGAGGAGACCCUGA